UGGGAGCGCGUUCUGCUGGAGACGGGACCGGACCAUGACAACAUAGAUCAACAGGAAGCCUAUGUAAAAAGUAGUAUUAAUUAUUUGACGGGAUUUGACGAGACCAUUCUUGUGUUUUUUUUUUUUCCUCAAGCGGAGUUGAGACAGCUCAGCAGCCAGGAUGGAGUCCCGGGACAAGUUGACCCUCCCGCUGGUGAUGGCUGUUGGCACGGCUGUGAUUGGCUCGCUACAGUUUGGCUACAACACCGGUGUCAUCAACGCUCCUCAGAGUAUCAUUGAGGGCUUCUACAAUGAGACGUGGACCAACAGGUAUUCAGAGUCCAUCCCUCAGAACUCGCUAACCACCCUGUGGUCCAUCUCCGUGGCCAUCUUCUCUGUGGGAGGCAUGCUGGGCUCCUUCUCUGUCGGCCUCUUUGUCAACCGCUUCGGCAGGAGGAACUCCAUGCUCAUGGCCAAUGUGCUAGCCUUUGUUGCUGCUGCGUUCAUGGGCCUCUCCAAGCUAGCUGCGUCCUGGGAGACGCUCAUCAUUGGGCGUUUCAUAGUGGGCCUGUACUCCGGCCUCUCCACAGGCUUUGUGCCCAUGUAUGUCGGGGAGAUCUCCCCCACCUCUCUCCGUGGAGCUUUAGGCACUUUACAUCAGCUCGGCGUUGUGAUUGGCAUUCUCGUGGCACAGAUUUUUGGGAUUGAGUCCAUCAUGGGAAAUGCCUCCCUGUGGCCUCUCCUGCUGGGUUUCACUGCCAUCCCAGCUGUGCUGCAGUGUGUCCUGCUGCCCUUCUGCCCUGAGAGCCCCCGGUACCUCCUCAUCACCUGCAACGAGGAGAACAAAGCCCAGAGCGUCUUAACAAAGCUGCGGGGCACAGAGGAUGUGAGUGCAGACCUUCAGGAGAUGAAGGAGGAGAGCCAGCAGAUGAUGAGGGAGAAGACGGUGACCAUCCUCGAGCUGUUCCGCUCCCCCGUCUACCGCCAGCCCAUCUUCAUCGCCAUCAUGCUGCAGCUCUCGCAGCAGCUGUCUGGAAUCAACGCUGUCUUCUACUACUCCACUGGGAUCUUUGAGCGAGCAGGAGUGGCUCAGCCUGUGUAUGCCACCAUCGGGGCAGGAGUGGUCAACACUGCCUUCACUGUGGUCUCUUUGUUUGUGGUGGAGCGCGCAGGCAGGAGAUCGCUCCACCUCAUCGGUUUACUAGGAAUGGCUGGAUCAGCAGUGCUCAUGACCAUCGCCCUGGCAUUAUUAGACCAGGUCAAAUGGAUGUCCUAUGUCAGUAUCAUAGCCAUCUUCUGUUUUGUGGCCUUCUUUGAAAUCGGCCCCGGCCCCAUCCCGUGGUUCAUAGUGGCCGAACUCUUCAGCCAGGGGCCCCGGCCGGCAGCCAUCGCUGUUGCUGGCUUCUGUAAUUGGUCUGCUAACUUCAUGGUGGGCAUGGGCUUCCAGUAUGUCGAGAAACUGUGUGGCCCCUAUGUCUUCAUCAUAUUCACUGUCCUGCUGCUGGGCUUCUUCGCCUUCACCUACUUCAAGGUGCCAGAGACCAAGGGCCGCACCUUCGAUGAGAUUGCAGCAGGCUUCCGCCAGUCGGCCGGCCAGUCCUCUGAGAAGUACUCCGCCCCUGAGGAGCUAAACACCCUCGGGGGGGCUGACCCUCCGCUUUAAGAGUCACACAUGUGCACACACACCUGUCUACAGUAAUGCAUCUGUGCUCACAAGCAGGAUUGGGUAGUAAUGUUGUGUUUUCUAUUCAAGUAAAUGUAUUCUGUUAUGUUACCAAGAAACAUAAUUUAUCACGACUACCGGUGGCUGCUUGUAAAAAAAAAAACAAAACAGAGGAAUACACUGGGAAUCCUUUAAAGAUGAGCAUAAACUAAACAGUCUAGUCUAGCUGUCUGACUUCAAGCACAACAGGAGCUGCUUGAGAGACGCUGUGCAAACUAAACUAAGUUCCUUUUCUCGUCUAGGGCCCCGUUCCUCGUAUGUGGAUAACUAAGUUAGUUGGAUUAGUUUGAUGACACUUUGACCUGAGCCCAGGAUUGUCUGUUCUUUGAAGCAAGCUUAAAAUUUAGUCCAUCUUGUUACCACAGCACAGCUCUUUAACUCAAACCUGCAAAGCCACAGGUUUAGUCAGGAUUAUGACCAUGACUAUUUUAAGCUUCUUUUCAUUUGUGAAUUCAUCAAUAGAUGUGGCUGAGCCUUCUGUCAGAGAGGAGCCAAUUGAUAUAAUGAUAUCUAAGCUUUUAGAACAGAAUACCAAGAUCUUUUGGUGUUUGAAAUGUCGUCACAUCUCAUAUAUGAAAUGAAAAUAGCAAGAAGAUAUGAAUGAAUUGAAUUAUGCUACUGCAGCUACUUAACAUUUUGACGAGGUAACUAACAUUGUAAUAAGUAUAUUUUUAGAGUAAGCUACCCAAACCCAUGAGAACAGAUAGUGGUGUGCUUGAAGAUUUUUUUUAAUAUAUCAAAGUCAAGGAAAAAGAUGCAGGUUGAGAUCAUCAACAAGGAAGGCAAUGAACUUCAGGCAUCGCACAGGAAUAUUUAAAUGUGUAAGAAACCUUUAUUCAAACAUAGCUGGCUCAUAUGUGAAGAAAAAAAAAAACGCACAGUUUUGACCUCUUAGGUCUUCAUAAUGACCUUUUCGACCAGGCUCAGGCUCCAAAUGCCCGAGCUACCCAAGCCUGCUUGCAGGGACAUGGUGCUGCACUUUUAGACCACAAGCAAAACAGCCCAGGAAAAAAAGAGUGUUAGAGGCUGUAGCUCUUUCAUACGCACACACAGAUUUAAAUCUGUUUCACAGAGUGUAAAAAUAGGUACAUGCCAUGACUUUUGGUUCCUAUGGGCUGAGUUUCAUCCCAUUUCAAAGUAUCAUGCUUGUAAAAAUUACAUCUCAUAAUGGGUCAGAUGCAGCAAUAUUCUCUUAAAUUUCCUGCCAGGAGAAAAUAUAAGAUAACUCAACUGCUGAUGCACCAAAUGUUCGUAACCAUCCAGUCUGUUCUUAAACAGAUGUGCUGAAGGAUGACUCCCACCUGUUCGUAAAAUGGAGGUCUGUGUCUGAGCUUUUUUUUUUUUUUUUUAGCAUAAGGUAGCAACUCCAUAAACACUAUACAAGGGCAGCUGUUGUGCCAUAUGCAAAAUACUCAGAUACCCAAGAAUUUGCGAUGCCACAAAAUAAGGCUGUAGGAGGAAAAAAAGCCUCAGCCACUGAAAUCAGAGUUGAGUGUGAUUGUGCGAUUUGUGCUGAGACUUCCUGCAAGUAAAGUCAAGUCUGAACUGAACUGAAAUUCUGUUGAAUGAACUUACCCAAAACAAAAGUGAUUUUCCAGAGUGUCAGGAAACCUAUCAGUGUGACAAGAUCAUCAAAAAGCCAAAACAACAACAACAACAACAAAAAAUCCUGUGAUGCAGUGAAACUCGUCUCAGCAGAGGAAUGUACAGUCACCGAAGAUGAUGUUUCCAUGGUGACAACUGCCGGACAGGACAGUUUCUAAAACCUAGACACCGACACUCAUAUAAACAGUGUGAAAUUAAUUUAUUUAUAUAAAAUUAAUUUAUGUAUUCAUUUAUAAUACCUAUCAUAAACUAUAGACUUUUUGCUGUAAUUUCAAUGAACAUUCAAUUAUGUGCAUGCAGAUAUUCUUAUUUGAAUAAUGUAAUCCUUGUAAUAAAACAUAAAACAUAAAAUAAUCUAUAUGUGAUUAUAUAUUGAUAUUCAUGUAAUGCAUCUGGUAAAAGCAUUAUAGUUCAACUGUUGACCGCUCGAAAAUCAAAAUUAAAAAACAUUAGUGAAUCACAGAAAUCAGUUUGUACUAAGAAAAUAAGAACAAAUUGUGGAUAUGAACAAAAAGAAGAAGAAAUUAGUUUGUAUAUUGACUGCAUCUGGCCCAGUUUUGUUUACCAAGUGAGUGAGAGGCAAGAGAAGGAAAAGCUCGAGCGGACAUGAACAUCUCACCAUUACUCUCUCUGAAAUCUCCUAACCAUUAGCUGAAUAGAGCAGAUUGCACAAGACAAAUUAGUGUAAUGUGUUCACUUUCAUCAGCAGCUUUUAGAGACAAUAUCAGUCUUUACUAUAAUACUUAAAAAUUUUAGAGUUGUACAAAGUUCCUGCUAUUAAUUUAGUGGUGAUUCACUACACUGGAUGCUGUCUCAGCUCAUGGCCAUUCACUUCCCUCAAACUGACAUGAAUGAGCAAGAUCACACACUAUUUAAAAAGCAAAUAAUACGACAAUCAAGUUAAACUGUGCAGACAUGACAUCCAAGAUGUGCCUCAAAUAUGUCAAUCAGCUGUAAUCAAUUAAUACGAGUCUAAAAAAAAUUACCUCAAUUGAUGCUAUUUUCAUUAUGUGUUUAUUCUGAAUUUUCACUGUCAACUCUAAAAUGCAUUAAGUAUGUUUUAUAAUAAUGUAUCUGUUGCUUUAUGAAAUGUCUUAUUACCAGAACUGGCUCUCUUACAUUCAUCUAAUCAAAAAUGAUGAAUAUCCACAAAAAUCAACCAUCUACCAAUAUGAUCUCUUAUACUGUCAUUUGCACAGUUCAUUAAUUUCAUAAGGGAGUGCACUUAAUGACAAGGAAAGACUGAUCUAAUCUUUAACAUUUUAUGUCAAUUUUAGGUCGUCAUUAGGUUUUGUGUUAUUUGAAAUUCCAGCAUCACAUUUACGAUUACAACAUUGAAUGGGCUCUCUAUAAUUUAAUCACUUUAAUGACAAAUUUUAUGAGAAAAUUUGGUCAAUUGAUUUUGGUGAUUGUUGAUAAUAUAGGAUGAUAAUAAUCCAUUCUAUUCCAUGCGUGAUUUAGUAUGUAUUUACUAUGAUAUAUGUGUCCUGCACUGUGUUUAUCUCUAAAUAUUAAUGUAACUCUUCUGGUACUAAAGCACAUUAUUGUGGGAUGUGUUUAUUGCUAUACAUUCCUCUUUGAUUUAAGGAUGAAAUUUAAUGAUUACGCACACUAAAAUGCCUGCACUAAUUCAAGUACAUCUCACCCAUUAUUUGAAGACAUGUAUCCACACCUUAGCUUCACUGUUCUCUUCAUAGUUGCUUCUCUUUUCUUACUGAACAUAAGUUGUAAAUAACUUGGUAUGUGUAACAAUCAUGAAAGGAAAUACUGAAAAACACUAACAUUUCUACAGAAGUUUACCAGUAGUGUUUACAGGCCAGUUUUGCAGAGACCGCUCAUGUAAAGGUCUGUGCAUGUACCAUUUAGAGACUAGUUACGUACCAAAUGAAGGCAUUAUCUUCUUUUUCUGAAUUUGAUUUGUUACAGAAAGGUCUCUUUUUUUUUCUUUUUCUUUUUCUUUUUUUUACUGUGGACAAAGGGCAAAAGACGUGUAUCUAAAUAGUUUAAGAGGGAUGUAUAAUUACUUUGUCAAAUAAAAGUGCCAAUAUGUUUUGUCCUGAAAGCUGAGUUGUAAUGAUAGCAUAAUUAAUAAAUAAAAGAAUAUACAGAGAAAUUA